AACCAUCUCAAACUCCUGAUUAAAUCCCAAAGCCUAUAAAAACCCCAAACACGCACACAAAAAAAAACAAACGAGAUAAAAUCUCCUUCUGCCUUUCCCCAAAUUCCCCAAUUUCCCUUCAAUUCAAUUAGGGUUCCAUUCCUUUCCAAUUUCCCCCCUAAAUUCUAUGAAAUGAUUCAAAAUCCCAGUGAUUCUUCUUCCUCAAAAUCUGUAAACGAAACUAUAAAUGGGUCACACCAUUUUACUAUACGUGGUUACUCAUUAGCCAAAGGAAUGGGCCCUGGAAAAUACAUAUCUAGUGACAUUUUCAAUGUUGGUGGUUACGAUUGGGCAAUUUAUUUUUAUCCAGAUGGAAAGAAUAUUGAGGAUUCAUCCACGUAUGUGUCGGUUUUUAUAGCGUUGGCUAGUGAAGGAACGGAUGUUAGAGCGCUUUUUGAACUGACGUUGUUGGAUCAGAGUGGGAAGGUUAAGCAUAAAGUUCAUAGUCAUUUUGAUCGCGCAUUGGAAAGUGGACCUUAUACGUUGAAAUAUCGAGGGAGCAUGUGGGGUUACAAACGAUUUUUGAGAAGAACAAGUUUAGAAACAUCUGACUAUCUGAAGGAUGAUUGCCUGUCCAUGCGCUGUACUGUUGGAGUUGUCAGAACUCGUGUUGAAGGGCCCAAAGAUUAUAGUGUUAAAAUUCCACCAUCAGACAUGGGACAAAGUCUCAAAUACUUGCUGGAUGCUGAACUUGGUUGUGAUAUAGUUUUCCAGGUUGGAGAUGAGACAUUUAAGGGACAUAAGUUGAUACUUGCUGCUCGGUCUCCUGUGUUUAGAGCCCAAUUCUUUGGCCUUAUUGGGAAUCCUAAAAUGGACGAAGUAGAGCUUGAGGAUAUUGAACCCUCGAUCUUCAAGGCUAUGCUCCAGUACAUUUAUUCUGAUGAGAUUCCAGAUUUAGGUGAAAUUACGGGCUCUACUUCAACUUGCAGUUCUACGAUAAUGAUGCAGCAUCUAUUGGCAGCAGCUGAUCGCUUUGGUUUAGAUAGGUUGAAAGAAUUAUGUGAGGCAAAAUUGUGUGAAGAAGUCAAUGUGGAUACAGUGGCAACAACUCUUUCUCUUGCUGAACAGCAUCAUUGUCCACAACUCAAGGCCAUCUGUUUGAAAUUUGCAGCUACAAACUUGGGAGGUGCGUGUACUCCAUAGAUGUGAGCGGUGAGGCAUUUCAGUGGUCAUGCAGACGGAAGGAUUCAAACACUUAGAACAGAGUUGCCCGUCACUGUUAUCAGAGCUGCUGGAAGCAGUGGCGUCAGUCGAUGAGAAGGCGGCAAGUCUGACUACUAGCAAGAAAAGGAGUAGCAGCAGCAUCUUCGGGCUCGAUCUGGCUGCAGAUGGUGUGGCAGCAGAUUCCGUUAUCCCUCCCUUUAGGCGGGUAAGAAGGCGGAUGUAAAACCUUAAUGAUCCUUUGAAGUGCAAUGAGAGUUAGGUUGAGAAUGUGUUAAUGAAAAACCCAACUAAUGAUUAGUUUCUUUUUUCUUCUUAAUGAAUUUAAGAACAGUUUUAAUGAUCUGAAUGAUAACUAAUGACCUAUUAUCUCAGACAGCAUAAUGUAGGGAUAGGUGGCUAGUAAAGUUUACUAGUUGUGCACUACUUUCAGCUAUGUGAGAUACAAUAUGAACGAUUGUGUAAAGAAUUCUCACUAAUAAGUUGAUAAGUGGGUUGAUGUCAA